AUGGGUAUUCUAUCAAGUAAAGAUACAAGACGUGUUAGUUUUGAUAAUACUUUAGCGUUAUCAUCAGCACUAAACAUUCAAAAAACAUUAGAAUGUGAUAAUGGAGCGGAUCUAUUAGAUUUAGCAGACAAGGAACCCGACGACGAACUAGUUUUUCAUUCCAUUCGUAAUAAUAAAGCCACGGAGCAGCUGAAAGAAGAAGGCGACGGUGAUUAUUGGGCUCAUAGGAUAGAAUAUCUGAAAAAAGAGCAUCAAAAAAUAAACACGAUUCUUGAAUCUGAAUACGAAAGGACUGUUGAAGAACAAUCGAAUAAAUCCUUUGAUUCUCCUAGAAUUACAAAUGAAAAGUUGCUGAAAAUUAAACCGUGUAUAGACGCUCGAGUAAAGGUAAUAUAAUAUUGUCUACUAGCUGUGCCCGCGACUUCGACCGCGUGGAAAGUAGCCUAAGAUACUCCUUAUUACAUAAGCUGCCUGUAAUAGUUCCGUCAAAAUCGGUCGAGCAAAGAUUAGCCGGAACAAACACACAGACGGACAAAAAAUAUUAAAAAACAAGCCUUUGCCCGCGACUUCGUCCGCGUGAUAUAGUUACUUUGGGCAACAUAUAUUUUCCAAAAACGCUGUUGUUUUUUGAGCUGAUGAUGAAAUUAUCUUGAUGUUCUUGAAAUGAAAUUUCCUUGAAGUUCGAAGAUGGUACAAUAAAAAACCAACAAAUGUCCAAUAUCGUCGGGGAUAGUGCAAACCUGCGUAACUAGCAUUGGAUAAUUCCGCGUAUCUGACAAGUGUAGCCAAUUUUAAAUUUCGCGGGCAUUCCACGCUAGACCCCGAUUGGCAGCCUUCUCAUUGACGUGA